AACAAGCGCAGGGAACGAGCGCAGGUAACGAGCAGAAAAAGAUUAGCUCUUUCCUGCUGAACACUGCUCAAGUCAGUUAUUUUAUCUCAUAUAAAGUCACUAUCUUAUUUCCUUUUAUCCGUUUUGUACGAAAGGCACUUUUAACUGUUUUACUGGUGCAGAGGGGAGUUUUCCAAAAAGAAAAAUCGAAGAAACACAAGAAACGUGUCAAUGGGGAAAGACAAGUCUAAGGAAAAUUCGGAAAAUGGAGAACCAGCGCAACAUGACCCCGAAUUCAAUGGACCUAUUCACAACAGGGGCUGCACAGACAUUAUCUGUUGUGUGCUGUUCAUGGUGGUCAUUGCUGGUUACGCGGUAGUGGGGAUUUUAGCCUGGCUGUACGGAGACCCACGCCAUGUCCUCUACCCGAGGAACUCCACGGGGAUGUUCUGUGGGAUUGGACCCAAUAAGGGGAAGCCCAAUGUCUUUUACUUUGACAUCCUUAAGUGUGCCACGGCUACAAACAUAAUGGCUGCUGCCCUCAAUGGCCUUCAGUGUCCCACUACACAGGUGUGUGUGAAACGGUGUCCCCAAAACUUCUGGGCUCUAUCACCCCUGGCCUACCUCCCAGGCAAGCAACCAAAGGAUUUUUUUCAGCAAGAGCUUUGCCUCCCAUCAUUUGACCUGGCCACCACUGUUCUGUCGGUUUCAGAGAUUAAGGACAGAGAGUUGUGUCCAUUCUUCUAUUCCCCUACAACCCCAGUUUUAGGAAGGUGUUUGCCUUCAUUUGGUGCUUUCAACAAUAUUCCCACCAACUUCUCCAUCCCAGGAAUGACCGUUAAUGACACGGUGAACAUCAUCAAGCAGGGCACUGGUGAUCUUGUGUCUGGCAUCAGUGCCAGGGAAGUUGGUGUCCGCAUCUUUGAGGACUUUGCGUCGUCAUGGCAGUGGAUCGUCUUGGGGUUGGUCAUAGCCAUGCUGGUCAGCCUGAUGUUCGUCCUUCUCCUUCGCUUCUUCGCUCCCAUAAUAAUCUGGACGCUAAUCAUAGGACUUCUGGCUGUUGGCGCCUUUGGUAUUUGGUAUUGCUGGAGAGAGUAUGACGAACUGAAGAACAGUUCAAUCACCUUCCAAGACAUUGGGCUGACCACAAAUGUUAAUGUCUACCUGCAAGUCAGAGACACGUGGCUGGCCUUCUUGAUCAUCAUUAGUAUAGUUGAGGGGGUCAUUCUUCUGACUCUCAUCUUCCUACGGACUCGGAUCCUCAUCGCCAUCGCCCUGAUCAAGGAGUCCAGCAAGGCUGUGAGUUACAUGAUGUCUACACUGUUCUUCCCCAUCUUCACAUUCAUCUUGCUUGUGGUGUGUGUGUCAUACUGGGGUAUCACAGCUUUAUAUCUGGCCACUUCGGGCGCUCCAAUAUACAAAGUAGUGGCCCUCAACUCCACUGAAGAUAACUGCCAAGCUGUGAACGGAACAGAGAGCUGUGACCCUAUGGCUUUUAACUCCAGCAGCUACGCCUCCUGUUCAUCCGCUCGCUGCAUCUUCAUCAAGUACAACGACGAGGGCCUGUUCCAGCGGAACCUCUUCAAUCUGCAGAUCUAUAACGUGGUGGGGUUCCUGUGGUGUGUGAACUUCGUCAUCGCUCUGGGCCAGUGCACACUGGCUGGGGCCUUCGCCUCCUACUACUGGGCCUUCAGCAAGCCCUCCGACAUCCCAACAUUCCCUCUGGCACAGUCUUUCAUGCGGACUCUACGGUACCAUGUGGGCUCACUGGCGUUCGGAGCUCUGAUUCUCACUCUAGUGCAGGUCAUCAGGAUCAUCCUGGAGUACCUGGACCACAAGCUCAGAGCGGCUCAGAACGGUUUUGCACGGUUUCUGAUGUGUUGUCUAAAGUGCUGUUUCUGGUGCCUUGAGAAGUUCAUCAAAUUCCUCAACAGGAACGCUUACAUCAUGAUUGCCAUUUAUGGUAAAAACUUCUGUACAUCAGCCAAGAAUGCUUUCAUGCUCCUCCUGAGGAACGUUGUGAGGGUGGUGGUACUGGAUAAAAUCACCGAUCUGCUGCUAUUCUUCGGAAAGCUAUUAGUAGUUGGUGGAGUCGGGGUGCUGUCAUUCUACUUCUUCUCAGGGAGGAUCCAGGCCCCAGGCAGCUCUUUCCAGGCCAGCGCCCUCAACUACUACUGGAUGCCAAUCAUUACGGUAGUGGUGGGAUCGUAUCUCAUUGCUCAGGGCUUCUUCAGCGUCUACAGUAUGUGUGUAGACACACUGUUCCUCUGCUUCUUGGAGGACUUGGAACGUAACGACGGCUCAAUGCAGAAACCAUACUACAUGUCCAAAAACCUGAUGAAAAUUCUCAACAAAAAGAACAAGCAGCCCAAAAAGGCUGAGGAUUGACAGAAAGCACUCACCUCACUCCCUUGUCUGUCACUCCCUUGUCUAAAGUCCGACUAUUAUCACCUCACCAUUUGAAGUAAAAACCAGCUUUAGCACAGUCACUGGUGCAGAUGAUUUCAUGUUUCCCUCUCACCAACCUGAAGUUUACAUCACACAGAUAUCCUCUAUUUUGCACUUUCUUCUUUAUUUCUGUGAUUUUAAAGCAUAAAGCACACCAUUUAUGUGAAACAUUGUCACCGCAGACACAUAUCAGUAGAGAAUUUAUUUUUUUAUAUUGCAAAAUAAUGUGCCUUAAGACGUGUAGAAUCCAAAUGGCAUAGGUUACCUUUUUUUAAAUUAUUAUUAUUUUUUAAGUAAUUUGGUUAGGUAUAUUUGUUUUUGUUUUAUGUUGGAUGUUUGGUUAAAAAGAAAAGGAGAAUAGUGGAUGUUUGCGGUCUAAUCCUAUUUAUAUUUCUGCCAAAUAAUGAGCCCCAAAAUGUACAUGAUUUAAAAUUUAGAUACAUUUUGAAUCAAUUUAUUUUCAUUUGUUUUAGCAAAAUCAGAUUGGUUUGUUUUUGUGUUGGAUCUCUUAAAAAUGCAUCCGCAAUAGCGGAUAGUGGGCCAAAACAUUGUACAUGAUUUAAUUUAUAAAAAAUUGUUGUGUUUUUAGUCAUUGAAAUGUUUAUAUUUAAUAAAACAGAAUGACACAGAAUGUUUUGUAAACUAUUCAAAGAUAGUCGUGACAGAGGACGGAAUCGCUCACUCUUCCUCCAUAGAGCUGAAGGCAACCUGCGCCUGUGCAGAAGGGAUCAUUAUUAUUCCUUUGUGACCAACCUAUUCCUCUGACACGCAAACAGGCAAGUCAUGAAGACAUUGGUUGUGAAACUGGUUCUGAAGUCACACUGCUCUCACAGGUUUCCAAGGGUUACACAACCAAGUAUGAGGAACCACACGGCAACCUGACCACAGAAAAUACCAACACAUUAAACCUGACUGGAUUUACAA